AUGCCCUUUAACUGCAGUCGUGACUGUGUUGGUAUUAGAUACCGCAUCAACUCCCUGCACCAGACCUGGAAGUGGUUGCACCAGACCAUCGCCCUGCAUGAAUAUCUCAUCUCUAUGAGCGCUUCGGACACGGACGCUUUCGGUCAAGAAGGUAUCGAGUGCGGCGCAAUCUAAGGAGCUCAGUGCCAGUUGUACCAGUAAAUCUUAGUAACCCACUACCGCCUACUACGUUAGUCUAUCGAGUUAAGAGAAAGUGUUAGCUUAGCCGCAAUAAAUCAGUUCAGUAGUUUUAAAGAGAAAAGUGCGAAGAUUGUCAACUUUUUUCCUC